AUGUGGAAACCAUCAAGACCCAUGUCUUUGGUCUCAGAGCUCCCGCUCCUACGAACCGGACGCUGCCUGAGCUGCCAAUUUCGCCCGCCAACGCUGUCGCAUAUCCGAGCGAAACCCUCCUUGAUUCGCCAGUAUAGCACUGAGAACAACAACAGUGAAAAUCCAGGUAGCAGCGAUGCCUCUAAGUCAAAAGUGCCAUCUCCACUCAACAAAGAGCCGCGACCACUGCGGCGUGGAGCGCAAUUCCAACAAAACCCGGACAUGAAACUCAAGCCCGGCGACCCGGAGUUCAAGCCGCCAAUGCUAGAUCGUCCAAUCGGUGUCGCAGCACCGCCAUUAGAAGGAGAGAACACUGGAGUGGAUACACGGUCGUUGAAGCAACGACGCGAUGACUUCGUGGAUUACGACCGGCAUCUUGCGCGUCGAAAAGAACUGACUCGACAGGUCGCGAAACCCUACUUCCGAGAAUGGUCGAACCUCCGCUUUCAAGAAGGCAAAACGUUUUACUCGAAUCCGCGGCUCUUCAAGGCCGACAAGGCGCUUUACUUCCCCAAUAUGCAUGGUCAGACGCUUGUGAAAGGCAUGGACUCGGCGCAUACGACGUCAGUGCUGCGUGGCAAGAUUAGCAUCGUCAAUCUGUUCUCUAGCAUGUGGGCAGAGAACCAGGUCAAGACUUUCAGCGGGGCCAAGGAGAACCCUGCGCUGGCCGAGAUAUUAGAUAAGGAGGCACAGAUUGUGCAGAAGGUGGAUAUUAAUCUAGAGGAGAAUCGCAUGAGGGCGGGGAUCGUGAAGAUGUUUAUGUGGCAGAUGCGCAAGCAGAUGCCCGAGGCGCAUCAUUCACGCUACUUCCUCGUGCAGAAAGGAUUCGACGAACUGCUCAAGGAGGCGGUUGGCAUGAUGAACUCCAAGGUCGGCUACGUCUAUCUGGUUGAUAGUGAUUGCCGUAUCCGAUGGGCUGGUAGUGGUGGUGCUGAGCCCGCGGAGAUGGAGACCCUCAACACCGGAGUGCAGAAGCUGAUUGCGGAGAGAAAGGCUUUUCUCGGCUUGAAACAAUGA